UUUAUUUCUUCAUUUUUCAAGAUGAAAUUGAUAUUGACUUUUUUGUUUCUAUUGUCAAAUGUUUCUUUUUGUUUGGCUUAUUCGACAGGAGCUCCAAAAUCUAAAUACGUUUGUAGCAGACGACAGCCUCAUCAUGGAGUUCAGCCACAAAUUACCAGUAGUCCAUUCGUCAUUUUGGUGAAUACAACUUUUCCAGGAUAUGGUGACCUAAUCGAGGUUACAGUCAAAGCAAGGGAAAACACCAAGUUUAGAGGUUUUCUUAUACAAGCUUUGCCAGAAAAUGACAAAUUCGUUCUAAAAGAAACUAAACCUAUAGGUGCAUUUUCAAGCGGCGGGAAGCUUAUAAACUGCUUCCUAGACAAUGACACGGUUACACAUAAUAAUAACCAAGAUAAAUCGUCAAUAAAACUGCUCUUCAAAAUGUCUACCUCAGAAGUGUACAAGAACUUCUCUUUCAGUGCUACAGUUGUAAAGGAUUUUAGAACAUUUUGGACAGAUGUAACCUCAGCACCUAUUUCCUCGCCAGAUGCUGGUCCAUCACCAUCAGAAGAUUGGACAAGAACCGUGAUAAAAACAGCAGAUAGUAUCAGUAAAGGAAAGACCGAAUGGGACCGAAACAUUGACGAAAGGUUAAAACUAGGGUAUUCUAGAAUGUUUAAUUCCCUAGGACAACUCAAAACUAGAAGUAUUUUCAAUAAUCUUCCAUUUUCCAACAGAAACCAUGGCAAUAAAGAAAGUGAUAGAAAUUCGUUGUAUGAAAGUGAUAAAAAGCUGGACAUGUCAUCUGAUUUGCUGACUAAAGAACUGUUACAAGGAAACGUAAACUCUGCUGUAUUCUUAGCAAAGAAGUUUAACAUAUCUUUUUCAGAUCGAAACAAACAAAGGUUAUAACGAUAUUAAAGUAAAUAUUGUAAAUUUUGAUCUUAAAUAAACAGGAAGUGUCGUUGUGCAA